AUGACUUUUGCACUCAAUCACUGCUGCAUUUUCCUCUGCAUAUUGGUACUACUGCCAGUUACCUGUUACAGCGGUGAUGUAUUCUUAUCCGCUCGGGCAACUUUUUAUGGUAGUGCUGGUGCCUUGGGGACUCCAUCCGGAGCUUGUGGUUUUGGAGAAUAUGGUAAAACAGUCAACAAUGGUGAGGUUUGUGGUGUCUCCAAGCUAUACCAGAAUGGAACUGGCUGUGGCGCAUGCUAUCAGGUGAGGUGCAAACAUCCGCAAUAUUGCACUGAAGAGGGAACGACGGUGGUGGUGACAGACUUUGCAAUAGGACACGGCACAGAUUUUGUCCUAAGCUUUGAGGCCUUCGUAAAAUUGGCACGUACAAACAUGGGUAGACUGUUGAUAGCACUUGGGGUGAUUGAUGCAGAAUACAAAAGGGUUCCUUGCCAAUAUCCAGGGACCAAUGUCAAGGUGAAGGUUCAUGAGAAAAGCAGAUACCCUGACUACCUUGCCAUUGUCAUCCUAUAUCAAGGCGGCGAAAGUGACAUCACAGCAGUUGAAAUCUAUGAGGAAUCAAGCAAGAAAUGGAAGGCCAUGAGGAGGGCCUUUGGAGCUGUAUGGAACAUAUCUAACCCACCCAAAGGUGCACUUAGCUUCAGGUUCCAAGCAAGUGGCAGCGCUGGAGUAAAAUGGGUGGAGCCGAAAAAGGUUAUUCCCAGUGAAUGGAGGGCAGGGAUUAUCAUUGACACGGCUGUGCAGCUCAACUGA